AUGAGUUCAUGUUGCGACGGCGAUGAGAGAGAGUUGGGGAGGAAGACGGCGCCGGGAGCGUGUCCGGAUUGCGGAGGAAAAGUGGAAGCUGUGGAUUUGGAGAGUCGGUGCAGGUUUUGUUGUAUCCCCAUUGGUUUUGUUAUCAAGAGGAAGUAUUUUUGCUCUCUUUGCUCCAAACGCCUCCGUUUGUAUUAAUUAAUUCAUCUUUU